AUGCAUAGUGCCCAAAGACAUGAAGUAGCCUUGAUGAAUGGGUUAACAGUUAACUUGCACCUCCAGAUGCUAUCUUUCUUUAAGCCUACUCCAAGACGUUAUAAAAUUCUUCUAGAAGCCAAAGCCUUUCCCUCUGACCAUUAUGCUAUUGAGUCCCAACUCCGAUUUCACGGGCUUGAUGUUGAGAAAAGCAUGCUCAUGAUGCAGCCGCGGGAGGGGGAGGACACCUUGAAGACUGAAGAUAUACUUGCUGUAAUUGAGAAGGAAGGGGACUCUAUUGCUGUUGUUCUGUUCAGUGGGGUGCAGUACUACACAGGACAGUUGUUUGACAUCCCUAGAAUAACAAAGGCUGGCCAAGAAAAGGGUUGCUUUGUUGGAUUUGACCUGGCUCAUGCUGUUGGGAAUGUUGAACUUCAUUUGCAUGACUGGGGAGUAGAUUUUGCCUCCUGGUGCUCCUACAAGUAUUUAAAUUCUGGAGCAGGAGGCCUUGCUGGUGCCUAUAUUCAUGAGAAACAUUCCAAGAGUAUUACACCAGCGUUGAUUGGCUGGUGGGGCCACGACUUCAAAACCCGAUUCCUGAUGGAAAACAAAUUACAACUAAGUGAAGGAAUUAAUGGAUUUCGGUUAUCAAAUCCUCCAAUUUUACUGGUCUGUGCUUUGCAAGCUAGUUUAGAGGUUUUUAGUCAAACUACGAUGAAAGCAUUGAGGAAGAAAUCUGUUCUACUCACUGGUUACUUGGAAUACCUGAUAAAACAUUACUAUGAUGAGGAUAAAACAAAUCCAGAGAAACCUUUUGUGAAAAUAAUUACGCCAUCUCAGAUUGAGGAAAGAGGAUGCCAACUCACGCUAUCUUUUUCCCUUCCAAUCAAGUCUGUGUUUAAAGAGCUAGAGAAGAGAGGAGUAGCUUGUGACAUGCGAGAACCAAAUGCUCUUCGUGUUGCCCCAGUUCCUCUCUACAAUUCUUUCCAUGAUGUGCACAGAUUUAUUGAAAUCUUGGGAUCUGCGAUUACAUCUUCAAAACAAACAGCAAACAAUACUGUGCUAUCUGGUUCUUAUUGA